UAAUAUAAGACUUAACUGACGUUUCAAAAUGUCUUAAAAAAAUCCUUAAGACUUCAUUGUUAUUUUAUCAAAAGUAUAAACCUCAGGCGUCAUCGCAUUGGGUGGGAAUUUUCUAGUUUUGAAAACCCUGCCACCGAAAGGAAAAUAUGAAAUCAAUCAGAGUAUAUUAGAACGGAAACGAUCUGUUGAAAGUGCCUUCCCGAAAGCUUGGCUCCCUUCCUUAUCGUCCUCUUGUUCCACUCCUUUGCUCUCAUCCAAAGAGAAUGCCAAUUGCAUUGUGUUGGAGGCGCUGAAAAUUUUGAAUUUACCCUGAAAAGCAACUCGCAGUGGUUACCGAACUUUCAGUAGCCGGUUUUCUCUUCAAUCUCCUUGAGAUUUCCUGCAAACUUGUAGAUUCUGUCUUUUCUGCAUUUUGAAGUCAGAAUGACAUCUGAUGUUGUUAAGUGAUUGAUCGACUCGGUGAAGUCUAAAAGUUAUUUUACCCAACGGAUUGCUCUGUGGGAAUUGUAUUCAAGCAAUCUUUUUUCAUGCCGUGAGAGGCCAUCAUUUAGCCUGUUUCUCCAAACUUGGUUGAAGCCUUUGUUUUCAGAAGUUUGUGUCUAUUUUUGCUGCUGCUAGUCAUCUCCUGUAGAUGCUCACUGUACAAAAUCACAGUCAAUUAACUGUUACAAGCAAUGUCGCACAAAAAGAGGAAUUUAUAUCAAUCAAAGCGUUCAUUGAAAUCUCACCCCUUUGAGGCAUUUCUCUCUGGCUCAUGGAAAGCUGUGGAGCUCAUAAAAAUUGAGGGGGGAACUUCAACACUGCAUUUUAUCAAUAGCCAAAAUAGAGUUUUGAAGAAAGGUCCUGAUUCAGACAUUCGGAUAAGGUCAAGGAAAGCUACUCUAUCAGAUUGCUCCUGUUUUCUAAGACCUGGAAUUGAUGUAUGUGUGCUAUCAGCCUCUCAACAGGAUGAUAAUUCAGGGAAAAUUUGUCUUGAACCUGGGUGGGUUGAUGCUAGAAUAAGAUCUGUGCAGAGAAAGCCCCACGAAUCUAGGUGUUCAUGUGAAUAUUUUGUCAACCUCUAUGUUAAUCAAGGUUGUUAUGAUCUAGAGAUGAGAAGUCUUAAUAAGGAGAGUAAAGUGGUUGGAAUAAAUCAAAUAUCCAUCCUCCAGAAGCUUGAUCGCAAUCCCUGUGGAGAUCAGCAUUAUCGGUGGGAAUCAUCUGAGGAUUGCUUUGAAGCACGAAAGACUAAAUUGUUUGCAGGAAAAUUCUUAUCUGAUUUUGCAUGGUUGGUUGUUGCAUCAGCUUUAAAGCAGGUCUCUUUCUGUGUAAGAUCUGUAGAAAACAAGAUUGUUUAUCAAAUUUUGGGAUGUGAACGUUCAAGCUCUUCAUUGAACUGUAAUUCUCUUAAACAGGUAAAUUUCAGAGUAGACAAUGGGAUGUUAGUACCCAUUGUUGCUCAUAUCGUUCUGUCUGACGACAAAAAGAUAGACCAAGCAAAAGAUGCAUCUGAAGAUGAGAUCUCACCAGUUUCUUGCACAGAGGGCUUACGGCGUUCCAAACGUCGUAACAUAGAACCUGAACGUUACCUUGGUUGUGAUGGUGUCUUUAAGUUGGAUUUUGGUUCUGUUCGAACCAGUUUACCCAAGUCCAACACAAGUAAAGAUGGCGUUGAUUUACAAGCAAAUUGUCUAGAAGAAGAUAUAGAUGCUUGUCAAAAUAUCAAUAAGAUAAAUACCUGCCAGGAGGUCCUAGUGAACAAAAGUGGGGCUGCAAGUGGGAAGGUGAAGUUAGAUGAUGUUGACAAAGAAGGGCAUAAGACUCAACCUGUUAGUGAUUCUCUGCCUGAUGGAGGUGGUCCAGUAGCACAUGACCAUUCUUAUCUCAACACAAACAAUACUGGAAAUUCUAGGCAUGAAAAUUGUGUUUUUUCCAAAUAUAAUCAUCUGACUCAUUGCCCUAAACUGAACAGGAAAAUUGUUGACCCAUGGACAUUUGAACCGUAUGAUCAUCUACCAAAAGUUCCUGAUCCUGAAAAUUCUGCAAAAGAAAUUGAUGAUAAAUCUUCUCUAUGUUAUUCUGAUACCCGUAACGUGCAGAGGAAGGAUUUAUAUGGUCCGGAGGACAUGGACACUGAAAAUAGAUGGGAAGGGAUGCACUCCAAUAAAGAAAUUCAAGGAAAAAAUUAUCAUUCACCAAUGAGAAGUAAAAGUUGUGGGGAAGAAAGAACUUACAAAGACAGAUCCUUAAGUGAUGCUGAAAAUUGUGCAAAAGAGAUUGAUGAUAAAUCUCCUAAAUGUUAUUUUGGUACCUGUAACGUGCAGAUGAAGGAUUUAUCUGGUCUGGUGGACGUGGAUACUGAAAAUAGAAGUGAAGGGAUACAUUCCGAUAAAGAAAUUCAACGGGAAAAAUAUCAGCCACCAACAACAAGAAGUAAAAGUCGUGGGGAAGAAAGAACUUGCAAAGACAGAUCCUCAAGUGAUGCUGAAAAUUGUGCAAAAGAGAUUGAUGAUAAAUCUUCUGGAUGUUAUUAUUUUGGUGCCUGUAAUGUGCAGAGGAAGAAUUUAUCUUGUCUGGAGGACAUGGAUACUGAAAAUAGAUGUGAAGGGACACAUUCUGAUAAAGAAAUUCAAGAGGAAAAAUAUCAGCCACCAACAACAAGAAGUAAAAGUCAUGGGGGAGAAAGAACUUACAAAGGCAGAUCCGCAAGUCAUGCUGAAAAUUCUGCGAAAGAGAUUGUUGAUAAAUCUUCUAGAUGUUAUUACUUCAGUGCCAGUAAUUUGCAGAGGAAGGAUUUAUCUGGUCGGGGGUACAUGGAUUCUGAAAAUAGAUGGGAAAGACAUUCUGAAGAAAUUCAAGGGGAAAAAUAUCAGCCACCAACAACAAGAAGUCAAAGUCGUGGGGGAGAAAGAACUUACAAAGACAGAUCCUCAAGUCAUGCUGAAAAUUCUGCCAAAGGUAUUGGUGAUAAAUCUUCCAGUUGUUAUUACUUUAGUGCCAGUAAUUUGCAGAGGAAGAAUUUGUCGAGUGGGGAGGACAUGGAUGCUGAAAAUAGAUGGGAAGGGAUACAAGAAAGAACUUGCAAAGCCAGAUCCUUAAGUGAUGCUGAAAAUUGUGCAAAAGAGGUUGGUGAUAAAUCUUCUAGAUGUUACUAUUUUGGCACCUGUAAUGUGCACAGGAAGGAUUUAUCUGGUCUGGAGGACAUGGAUACAGAAAAUAGACCGGACAGGAUACGUUCCAAUAAAGAAAUUCAAGAGAAAAAAUAUUAUUUACCAAUGACAAGGAGUAAAAGUUUUACUCACAGUGAAGAAAGAACUUACAAAGACAGAUCUUUAAGUGAUGCUGCCUACAAGGAAUUGAUAGAUUUUUACUUAAAGAAUACUGACAUGGCACCAACUAAAGAGGAGCCACCUAUACCUGACCAGUGGGUAGAAUUUAAGGCAACAAGCAACUAUGGACAAAAGUGGGGGGCAAAACCUGAUGGAGAAGUUUCUGAAAUUGAUUUAUUGUGGAGAGAAAUGGAAGUUGCAUUAGCAUCAAAUUACAUCUUUGAUAACAUAGAGGAUUCAAAGGCUGCAGUCUUUUCUGAAACUGAGGAAAAUUCUGACAAACUUUGUCAUCACGAUUUUAGAUUGAAUGAAGAGAUUGGAAUUUACUGCUGUAAAUGUGGCUAUGUGAGCACAGAGAUAAAAGACAUUUCGCCACCCUUUGUGCAAAACUUGGGAUGGCAACAAGAUGAAAAGCAGUGGAAUGCUGCAAAGGCCAACGAGGAUGAUAGUUUACAUCUUUUCUCAAAUCAUCCUUCAACUGAUAUGCCUGUAUCUGAAGAAAAUGAUAUCUGGGGACUGAUUCCCGAACUUACUAGUAAGUUACAUGUCCACCAGAAAAAAGCUUUUGAAUUUCUUUGGAAAAACAUUUCUGGAUAUGUGGAACCAGCAUCUGUGAAAGCAGCAUCAAAAAGAAUAGGUGGCUGCGUGAUAUCUCAUUCACCUGGAGCUGGGAAAACUUUUCUAAUUAUUGCAUUUCUUGCAAGCUACUUGAAGUUGUUCCCAGGAGAGAAACCUUUGGUCCUUGCUCCAAAGACAACACUUUAUACGUGGUAUAAAGAAUUUAUCAAAUGGGAAAUUCCUUUACCAGUGUACCUAAUUCAAUCUCAACGUAGAGCCCAUGGAGCAUGCAAGGAGUCAUUGGUUAUUCCUGGUGUGCCAAAGCCCAAUGGAGAUGUCAGGCAUCUUUUGGACUCUCUUGAAAAAAUACAGAAGUGGCAUUCACACCCGAGUGUUCUAGUCAUGAGUUAUACUUACUUUUCUAGGCUGAUGGGAGAGAAUUCAAAGUUUUCGCACCGAAAGUAUAUGGCUGAAGUUUUGAGGAAAAGUCCAGGGGUCCUGAUUCUGGAUGAAGGGCACAAUCCUAGAAGUACAGAAUCACGUUUGAGGAAAGCCUUAAUGAAAGUAGAGACAGAAUUGAGAAUACUACUUUCAGGUACAUUGUUUCAGAACAAUUUCUGUGAAUACUUCAACACUCUCUUCUUGGCAAGACCAAAGUUUGUUCAUGAAGUGCUGAGAGAAUUAGACCCCAAAUAUAAGAGGAAAAAAGGGAGAGCUGAAAGAAAACCGAACUUCAUAGAAGCACGGGCAAGAAAAUUAUUCUUAGAUAAAAUUGCAAAAAAAAUAGACUCUGGUGAUAGUGAUGAGAGGUUGCAGGGUUUAAACAUGUUAAGAAAGAUCACAAAUGGAUUUAUAGAUGUUUAUGAAGGUGGAGGUUCUGAUAGUCUUCCUGGUUUGCAUGUUUAUACAUUGUUAAUGAAUAUUACUGAUUAUCAAGAUCAGCUUUUUCAUGCACUCUAUGAAAAAAUUGCCGAUUCCAAUCGGUAUCCCCUGGAGGUGGAGCUUUUGGUAACCCUUGGAGCAAUACAUCCGUGGCUAAUUAAAACAGCUGCAUGCUCUGAUAAGUUUUUAAAUGAGGCGCAACUGAGGGAGCUAGAAAAAUGCAAGUUUGAUUUGAAGAUAGGACCAAAAAUACGGUUUGUUCUGGGCCUUGUAUAUCGUGUUGUCAAGGAGGAAAAGACUCUUGUCUUUUUCCACUACAUUGCACCUAUGAGAUUGUUUGUAGAACUAUUCGAGAAAUUCUUUGGAUGGCAGUUAGGUUGCGAAGUUUUGGUACUUAGUGGGGAACAAGAUCUCUUUGAACGUGGAAGAGUCAUGGAUAAGUUUGAGGAGCCUAGAGGAGCAUCAAAGGUACUCCUUGCUUCAAUUACAGCCUGUUCUGAAGGCAUUAGUCUGACAGCAGCUUCUCGUGUGAUUUUGUUGGACUCAGAGUGGAAUCCAUCAAGAACAAGGCAAGCUAUUGCCCGUGCCUUUCGUCCUGGUCAGCAAAGGAUUGUAUAUGUGUAUCGGCUUUUGGUGACGGGUACAAUGGAGGAAGAAAAAUAUCGCAAAACCACCUGGAAAGAGUGGGUUUCAAGAAUGAUUUUUAGUGAGGAUUUUGUGGAGGAUCAAUCAAAAUGGCAAGCAGAAAAGCUUGAAGAUGAUAUACUUCAGGAAAUGAUUGCCGAAGACAAGUCUAAAAUAUUCCAUGUGAUAAUGAAAGAUGAGAAAGCUUCAACCAACUGAUGUGUGAUUUACUUGGGAACUUCCCUGCAGGAAGGAACAGUAGCAUGUUGCAUGCACUUCUCUCGAAACAUCAAUGGGUUGCUUCUAGCAUACCUAUAUUAUAUUAUUAGUUUGACCCUCUCUCUCUUGGGUAUGGGUUUUUUUUGGCCAAACUUUCUUGGGUGUGGUUACAAUGUAAAUAUGUAAAGAAAAGGUUAUGUAUUGUACAAGCAACUUGCUUGAGACUAUUGUGGCCCUGCGUAUGCAAUGAAUGCGCUGUGAAGUAUCUCAUGUGAUAUAAUGAAUGUAUUGCUAGUCCAAAGAAAAGUGAUUCCAACAACUGACUGACUGAGUAAUAUAUUUUAUUCUUUCAUAAUGAA